AUGUCUGAUAUCGGUCGCAAGGAUUUCAGCACCAAGGCCAAGGAGGAGCUCACUCCCGACUCCACCAAGUCCACCCAGGACAAGGUCAAGGAGACUGUCACCGAUACCACUGACCGUGCUAGCCGUGGCUUGCAGACCGACGAUAGCAAGGGCCUUGGUCAGGAGGCCUUUGACAAGACCCAGCGUGCUAGUGAUAACCACGGCCAUGGCGGUGCCAGCGGCUCUAUUGGUGACAAGGUCAAGGGUGCUCUCGGCCUCGGCGGCAACUAA